GCGCUUACGUAAAGAUCGCGAGGGCGGGAAACCGAGCCGCGGCCGGCAGACCGCAGUCGUCCUCGCCGGCUCCUGGCCCCUCCGUCGCCACUUCUGCGAGCGCCGCGGCACCGGACGCAUCCCGCAGUGCGCUUCUACAACCAUCGAAGCGGGCAGCCCUCAGCACGCUACACGUGCAGGUCGGACGCGUGUAAACUGCCAGUUAUAGCUCCUACAUUCACCUCUCCACCCAUCGAUAUAUUUGUCUGUGGCGGAGCCCUGCUUGAACGUUAAGAAGUGACCUGUGUAACGUAAGGGAAGCGAAUAUUUACUGUCGAUAAGAGAAUCUCUUGAAUGACUUGCAACAGGUUACUGACCUCACCCUCCCUGUGCGCUUCCUCGAUAGCCUUAAAUUGUACCCCGAGGGCUCGUUGCAAUGAGUCUCAGCAAACAGCUGCUAAACCGAGACGCUCUACACAAAUCCGGAAGUAAGCAAGCGUAAUUCGGGCAGUGGAUUGUGUAUUAUCUCAAGCCGCACAGUUUACUUAUUGCUCUGGCAUUGCCGUGGAUUACGCACAAUGACUACGAGCUUCCUAAGACGCUGCUGAGCUAAAUAGCGACGGGAUCUGCAUCUGGUUUCUUUUAACAGCAUAGGCGUGCGUGAGUCGGCACGAAUUGCUUCUGCUCGUGCUUCUGGUAAAGACGGCGUCUUCAGAGGGAAGCGGGCAUAUUUAGCACUACCGCAUUUCGCACUACUUGGACAAACUAGAAACAAAAUUCGAGAUAACUUCUUCGACUGUGGACGAGGAGUCUCAUAAAUUGUGAUAAUAUGGAUUCAGGCAGCGAAGGAGUAGUAACGAGUGUGAUUAAAAGUGGUGGUGCAUUGCACGAAGACUCACUCGGUAAUUACCUGCAUUCGAAGACAACCGUAAAUUCCACGUCACCGGUUCAGAUUUGCAAAGGAACGUUUUCUGAAAGUGUAUGUACGGACGAAAUCGAUCGCUAUGGUAAAAUGGACAACACGGCGAGGGAGGAAUGCGUGAAAAAUUCACACGCUUCCGGCUCCGAGAAACUCAAUGAACUGGAAUGCCGUCCCGCAACGGAGACGGCGGUUCGCUCGUCCGCUGACGCUCCUGAGACAGAUCGGGAACUGAGUACAGCGAUCGACCAGGGCAGAUCGAUUGCGAACGGCGCUGUGGAAAACAGUCCUUCCACGGACAUCGGUCGCGGUGCCGAGAGUGAAAGCAGUGAGACGGGAUCGGCGGACGCGACAAACGGUGUCAGGGAGACAACACCAGUGGACGGCGGAGCUGCUUUGCAAAGUAGCGAGGAAGUGCCCCGCCGCUGCUUCGGAGGGCAGGUCGAGGCGGUGCGUCCCAGCAGUGAAGCGCCUCCCCAGCAACACGGCGGCGGUCUCCCUAUGCUCGAAGGAAACGCUGAGCCCGUGGCAGUCGCUGCUGGUCAAAACACAAUGUCUACUGAAAGCUGCGCUUCCAGCGAGCGAUGUCGACCAGAACAGGGGUCGAGUGAGAAGACUGGAGACAUCAACAGUAAUGACAGCGCCUCUACGGUUGUUCCGAAGAGCAACGGUGGCUUCGACAACCCGGCUUUCGUCGGCGACGGCGACAAACCACCUGCGAAAGAGAAGAGCCUCGACGCCAAAGUGGACAGCGACACGGAACGCGGCGGAGACUCUUCGGGCGCGGCUCGUGAGAGGCGUCGUAUCGUGGUGAACGUGCUGGUGCUGAGUUUCGCCUUCCUGGUCCACUUCACGGCCUACUUCGGCGCGGCCAAUCUGCAGAGCUCGGUGAACGCGUCCGAGGGGCUGGGCACCGAGUCUCUGGUGGUCGUGUAUGCGGCCCUCAUAGUCUCCAGCUUCUUCUUGCCCGCCACCGUCAUCAGGCGGCUGGGCUGCAAGUGGACGCUGGUGGCGAGCAUGGCGGUCUAUACGCCGUACCUGGCGGCGCAGUUCUGGGCGACGCGUGGGUCGCUUUUGCCAGCGGCGGCCCUGGUCGGGCUGGGCGGCGGCCCGCUCUGGUGCGCCAAGUGCUCCUACCUCACCGCCGCCGCCCGCCGCUUCGCCAGCCUCGCCGGUCAGCGCGACGACGACGUCCAGGUGCGCUUCUUCGGCGUCUUCUUCACCAUCUUCCCCGUCGCCAACGUCCUGGGCAACGCCAUCUCCUCCCUCGUGCUGACGGCGGGCUCCGACGCGGAGGUGGCGGCCGGCGUGUCGUGCGGCGCCUCCUUCUGCCCAAGCGAGCCGGACGCGGACGCGAACCCCAACCUGCAGCGGCCGCCGCUGUCGCAGCUCUACACGCUCAACGGCGUCUUCCUGGGCUGCAUGGUCGCCGCCGCCACAGCCGUCGCCGUCCUGCUCGCCCCUCUGGAUAGCGCUCCGGACGAGGAGGAGGCGUCGGGGCUGCGACUGGUGACGGCUUCGGCGCGCCUGCUGCGCGACCCGCUCCACUGCCUCGUCACGCCCAUCGCCGUCUUCUUCGGCGUCACGCAGGGCUUCCUCGGCGCCGACUUCACACAGGCGUACGUGUCGUGCUCGUGGGGGAUCCCGCACAUUGGCUACGUGCUGAUGUGCUACGGCGCCGUCAACUGCGCCUCCUCGGCCGUGGUGAGCUGGGUGUCCAAGUCCGUGGGCCGCGUCGUCGUCAUCUCCAUCUACCUGCUGUUCUACGCGCCCAUCCUGGUGACACUCUUCUUCUGGCAGCCCGACCCCACAGUCAGCACCGCCGCCUUCUUCAUCUUCGUCUCCUUCUGGGGGGUCACUGACAGCGCCUUUCUCGUCGUCAACGCACUGUUCGGCAUCAUGUUCCGCGGCAACGAGCAAGCGGCGUACAGCAACUUCCGGGUGUUCGAGAGCGUGGGCUUCAUCGUGUCGUACGCGUACAGCCCGGUGCUGUGCACGCACGUCAAGCUGUGGCUGAUGGCCGGCCUGCUGGCUGUGGCCGCCGGCUGCUACUGGUCCGCGGAGUGGCUGGCCAGGCGCCGGGACGCCGCCUCCUUCUGGCCGCAUGACAAGCAGAGGGAGCGCCAGCACCAGCACCAGCACGACCACCACACAGACUCCUACAAGAAGCCCGUCGGCAAGGCUCUGCACGGCUGGUAGUGACUCCAGGAAGUGGGGAGGGUACAGUGACUCGAGACGACCCACACCCACACCCUUCAUUUGUACACUCACUUACUAGCGAGAGAACUGAUGCCGUCUUCCCAGUUUUUUUGGAUAUUAUACCCCGUCGAGUCCCAUCGUGACCACUUGCUAGCACCACAGCUGUUAUCGGGGUUGGAAGCAACUCAGCUACUGACAGGUCACCCCGGUCGUACGGAGUCAUACAGUGCACAGUGCUUCACCACUGACGUGUAUUAUGGCAUAGCGAUGUAAGCGGCCCUGCACAGUUUCGGUUGGAACAAGAGAAGUAGUUUGAAGUUUUCUUCUCACUCUUCCUCGGCAGACAUUUAUGGAAGUGCGCUAAAGUGCAUUAUCCAACUGAACGUCUUUGUUAUCCGCUUUGAAUAGAGCCAUUCACUUUUGCAGUCCAAAUCAGAUCGGUCAAAGGCUUCAUUACAAAUUGGGUCAUUUUUGCUAGACAACGCCUUGAAAACAUCCCCUGCAAUGUAGAGUUGUGGCCAUCUCUUCCAUUAAUGUUUGUUGUGCCUGUUCUUCAGCAGUCUCCAACUGGUAUACCUAUGCCGAUCUGUUUUAUCAAACAAUAAAUGUGACUCAUUGAGGUUCUCCUGUAUUGUAUUGUAUGUUAACCGGGAACCUAGAAACGACGGAGUGGCUUCAUCCCCGCCGCAGCUGCAGUGGUUCACAACCCCACAAUGACUACCGCAGUUCACUUCACACAUCACACCGAACCCAGGAUUAUUAUCCGGUUCGGCCCCCCGUGGACCCCCAGGGAGCGUCUCACACCAGACGAGUGUAGCCCCUAUGUUUGCGUGGCAGAGUAAUGGUGGUGUACGCGUAUGUGGAAAACUUGUUUGCGGCAGCAAUCGCCGACAUAGUGUAACUGAGGCGGAAUAAGGGGAACCAGCCGCAUUCGCCAAGGCAGAUGGAAAACCGCCUAAAAACCAUCCACAGAAUCCGCCGGGCGGAUUCGUGCCGGGGACCAGACGCUCCUUCCCGCCCGGAAAGCCGCGCGUAAGACCGCACGGCCAACCGGGCGGGCUUCAUUGAGGUUACUUCCUCAUCGGCAAAUCAGCAGCAAUUGAGCGUCGCUGUUGAUGUCUUCGUCGUUUAAUAGUGCGAUUUUGGGUGAUCGACUGAGAUGUCGAUUCCAUUUCACUGCACUAUAUUUCGACAAGCGACCCAGUCCUUUCCUUCGAGCGCUACAAGCUGUUUAUUGUGCGUAUUCGCUUCCUGGACUCCAUCCAGAUUGUGCGGUAUUUGUUGUUGUCUCGGCUCCGUUAUAGCUGAGUUCUUCCCUCUCCCCAGGCGCCCACUGCUCCCAUUAAUGCUCACUUCUUAUUCGAAGCCCGCGCUAUCUGUACCGUAAACGCACAUUCAGCUUAUUCCACUUCUUAUGUAUGAUGUACCAUAAACGGUGAACAAUUGAAACAACAAGGCUGAUAAUGAAAUGCACUAGUAAGGCAAUAUUUUUCCCGCAGGCUAUAGCAUAGACCAUGAGAAGUUGCAGGGUGUAAGAGUGAAACAGAAAUGAUUGUUCUUCUGCUCCCCACUUCAUCCUUCUUCUGAACUUCCUACUGUACCCACUGCCGAGAUCACGUUACUCCUGGUUCUUAGCCAGGCCACUUAAAUCCCGUGGCAGUCAUUGUGGGGUAGUCUUGUUGACGAGAUUAUUCUCACCGUGUUUGACGAGUCAUCGUUGAGCAUAUUUGAUCGUUACCUCUACCUUACACCUGUCCUGUUUGUAUAAACAGCGUACCUACUUGCGUGGGCGAGGGUAAACUAAACACAGUUGAAACUGUGGAUGCCGAGCCUAACGGUUUCGUUGUGGCCUGGAAGGGUCCUCGUACACUAAUGACUGCAACACCAUGGGUGGUCCAACACCUAGAAUAACUGCCCCUGAGUAAACCUUGGAGGACCAUGCACUGUUUCAUGUAAGAUUGGGCACACUACAAAAUAUCAGUAGCUAAUGCUAUCAAUAUCACCAGAAAAGGAGUUUCAACAAGACUGUGUCUUCCUUCAAAAAACUAGGUUCUUCGAAACAGAUGGCUGGCUAUGAACAUGCAAUAAGGGCCAAUUUUCUAUGGCUGUUUCUGUAAUGACUGUAUCAUGAAUUUUAAGUUUAUAGAGAUCGCUUUCAGAUACAUUCUUCAACUCAAUCUUUCAUCAGUUUAUGGCAAAAAGGACUAUAAUUACUAAAUGAAACAGUUUCUUCAUGUUUCACUACAAAAAUAGAUAAUAAAUAAAUAAAAAUUGUUACGGAAAGUCGAAAAUGUUACUUUUUUGGUUAUUAACAUAGAUCCUAUUUCCCUUCUGAAUCAUUACUAGCUCGAUAUGUUAUCUUCAGGCACAAUGUACAACUUUAUAUUCGACAGCAGACAAAAAAUAGCACCAGAAGGAACAGCGCCAUGCUGUGUUAUCCGCAAUUGAUGCAGCACAGGAUUGUUUGAAAUACAUUAUUUGGAAAUAAAUUUCUAGUUGCUUCACCAAAAUUAGAGAAAUUCGACAAGUUAGAGCCAAUACAAAGACUUAAAGACAAUCAUUCUUCCCAUGAGCCAUUCACGAGUGGAGCAGGGAAGGGGGGACCAGUUAGUGUUACCAGAAGUAACCUCGGCCACAAACCGGCGGCUUUAGGAGUACUGAUGUAGAUGUAGCAUCCACUGUCAAAAGCAAGGUACGGAUCUCCAUAUGUGUUAAUGUGUGUCUAGUAACGAUGUGAAAAACGGUUAAUAAUGUCUCAGGAAAGUAAAGUAACGGUAAUGCAAAAUUUUAGUUAUAUGGAAUAGAAACUAAGACUGAAUCAUCACAAGAAGAGGAACUACGAGCAAAAUAAUCAGUAAUGGUGGAAAAUCGAGUACUGUAAACCAAGUUGAUGGCAUGUCUAAUUUGUUGCAUUUCUCAGCCCUGAAUUCAAGAAACUAUGUGAAUUUACGUGGUUUCUCUUUCGGUCAGUAACGAGUGUUGGAAUACUAUUGGGCAUCACGUAAUCUAAGAAAUAUUAAGUAUCUUAAUUUAAUUUUUUAAAUGCCAGAUGGAAAUAAUUAAAAGUAUUUAAUACAAAAGUAGUUUACUAGUACGAUUGUUAUGAAGCUAAAUCUGAGGUUCAUAAUUUUGUGUAGUAAACUUACUUUAUCAAAUCAUUAUCUACUAUACAACAUGAAGUAAACUGAUAAAACAGAUGCCAGUACGUACAAGGGUUGCCCAGAAAGUAAU